UAUUUUCAUUCGACUUCUAUUAUAAAUUUCUGGGGAUGUAGGUUGUUAUUCAGGUUCUCCUGCAACAGCACCCAAAUCAAGCCACAGAAAAGUCGGUUCUCCAACUCCGACUAAAACCCCAGUUAAGAGUGGGAGGGGAUGACGUCCUCUAGCAGAAACCGACGACGUUACUCCUCCGAUGAUUCUUCAUCGAACUCAGUUUCCGAUAUCAACCGCCGUAUGAAUCGGAGUCGCAGAAGCCGACGUUAUUCUGACAGCGAUUCCGAUGAGCCAUCUAGGCACAGGAGUAAGAGAAAGAUUACAGAGGACGACAUUGCAGAAUACCUGGCUAAGAAGGCUCACAAAAAGGCUAUGAAAGUUGCCAAGAAAUUGAAGUCGCAGACCGUCUCUGGAUAUUCCAAUGAUUCAAAUCCCUUUGGUGAUUCUAAUCUUAAUGAAAAAUUUGUGUGGCGAAAGAAGAUUGAGCGCGAUGUAACCCAAGGCGUGCCUCUUGAUGAGUUUUCCAUCAAAGCAGAGAAGAAGAGACAGAGAGAAAGAAUGGCUGAGAUUGAAAAAGUUAAGAAGAGAAGAGAAGAAAGGGCUAUUGAGAAAGCACAACAUGAGGAAGAGAUGGCACUGUUGGCAAGAGAGCGCGCGCGAGCUGAGUUCCAAGACUGGGAGAAGAAAGAAGAAGAGUUUCAUUUUGAUCAAAGCAAAAUUAGGUCAGAGAUUCGGUUACGCGAAGGUCGUAUGAAGCCGAUUGAUAUACUCACUAAACAUCUUGAUCCUUCAGAUGAUUUUGAGAUAGAAAUAAAUGAACCAUACAUGGUAUUUAAGGGUUUGACUGUAAAAGAAAUGGAAGAGCUUCACAACGACAUAAAGAUGCACCUUGACUUAGACAGGGCAACUCCUACGCAUAUAAGAUAUUGGGAGGUAUGUUAGCUUUCUUUUUUCAAUUUCCUUGUAAUCCUGAGACAUGCUUA